ACCUAACAACAUCGCGACUCACGUCCAACAUCAAACCCCCACAACACAACAUUCGUAAGAUCUUUCUGUUUCUCGUACCAGCAAACAACCAUGGAGCACUAUGCCCCUCACCCAUCAUCGCAAUUCGAAGGCUACUACUCCAAAUUCGACCUCGCAUCUGGCGCGCAUAUUGCUCUUAUCAUAUGCUCCGUGCCUGAUGCGUCCUCACGCCCGCACAUGGUUUCAUUUACCUACUACCCUUCCUCUGGUCACCCAAUAUUCCAGCGCGAACAUUUUGUUGAUAACAUUGAGCGCGUGACAACUGAUGAGAAGAGCAAAGCGUUCGAGCUCCGGGUACCAGGCAUAGGAUUCAUGAGGACCGAGGGUGACGGACGCACAAGCUACAAGCUGGAGGGCGAGGACGGGAGUUGGAAGCUUGAAGCACAAUGUGAGGAGUACACCGCGUGGAGAGAGGACAAGAGCACGCCAGAAGGAUGGAUGAUCAACCUCCCAUUUCCGCUACAUUGGCACGUACAUUCUCUUUGCUCUCCGGCUACGUUCACCCUCGAUAUACCCGCUCUUGGCGAGGAUUUCCCAACUCAAGAUAGGAAAAGCCGCGCUACGAUCCAUCAAGAGAAGAACUGGGCCAACAGUUUUCCCGAUGCACAUAUGUGGGUGCAAGCCUGGGACAACGAUCAGAAACGCGGUAUUUGUCUGGCUGGCGGCAAGAUCAUGUACAAUACUGCGUAUAUGCUUGGUUAUCGAUCCCCAUCUCUCAACCUCGAUUUCGUACCACCCUUCUCGGUGUCUUACCUGAACCUUGUUAGCCCCUUCAUGAGCGCCACAAACGACUGGGAUACACGCUCUUUCUCUAUAUCUGUAUCGAACUACUUUCACAAACUGGAGCUCAAAGCCCAAGCGCCAAAGGAGCCGGGCUGGUUCGGCCUAGCGAGCCCAUUUCCAGAUGGCCAUCGGGCAAACUUCUGCAAGGAAAGUUUUAUUGCGACGAUCGAAGCGAAAAUUUGGGAGAAGGAAGGGUGGUGGCCGUGGAGUGCGUGGAAGGAGGUCAAGACAGAGAAAUGGGAGGGCGCGAGUCUGGAAUUUGCAGGAGGAUACUAUCCAGAGAGGGGAGAGACCAAGCAGGACUGAAGACAUAGGGGCUAAGGCAAGUACAUUAGUGGCAUGCAGUCGGUAUUCAAUUAUGAUAUCAAUG